AUGGCUGAACAAGUCGAGAGGGCAUUCCUCAAACAGCCAACCAUUAAUCUGAAUAACAAGGCUCGUUUGCUAUCCGGCAAUAAGAAGGUUCCUCGAUAUGUUCGCAAUAUUGGACUCGGCUUCAAGACACCACGUGAGGCAAGCCAAGGUACUUACAUUGACAAGAAGUGCCCAUGGACUGGAAACUGUUCGAUUCGUGGCAAUAUUUUGACUGGUGUCGUGCUCAAAAACAAAAUGACAAGGACGAUAAUAGUUCGUCGUGAUUACCUUCACUUCGUGAAGAAGUACCGUCGUUUCGAAAAGCGACACAAGAAUGUGCCGGCUCAUUGCUCGCCAGCUUUCCGUGACAUCGCUCCUGGAGAUCUGGUCACAAUCGGAGAAUGCCGUCCACUUUCAAAAACUGUCCGAUUCAAUGUCUUGAAAGUAAACAAAGCUGGAUCGACAAAGAAAGGAUUUGCUAAAUUCUAA